AUGUACCACUUCAACAAGAAAGAAUAUGAAUCGUGUAUUGAAAAUUUAAACAAAUUAUUGAAAAAUACAACCAACACAACGGAAAUAUUCAAAAUUAAACAUAAUAUGGCCAUCACCAAAUAUUUAUGCGAGAUCAAUAGUAGUAAUUUAUACAAUGAAUUUUCCGAAGAAAAAUUACUCUUAGAAUUGGAAGAAAUCAAACAAUCUACAAAAAAACAUUCCAAUCAUCAAUUUCCUAUUUUAAUUUAUAAUCAAGCCGUGUUAUACUACAAAAAAGAAAAGUAUAAAAAAGUGUUAGAGUUAUUAGAACCGUUAUUUGAGAGUUUAGAUCUGAACGAUCAACACACAACUCAGUUAUUGAAAUAUGAUGAAUUUUUAGUUUUGAAAAUAUGCUUUUUAUUAUUAGACAUUUAUAUUGAUGUCAUGAAGUGCGUUGAAAAGACACUGAUUGUUAUCAAAUAUAUUGAUAAUAACUUUCAGUCCAUCAUUCAAAGCUCUAUUCCAUCUCUCCCUCAAUUGAACAUUACAGAGCUUUCAAUCACAGAAUCUAAAUUCAACAUUUUCUACUACAAGUCUAAAAUAUCUGUUCUAAGAAAGGAGAGUUGGAGUACAACACUUGAAUAUAUAAACUCUGCCAAUCAGAUUAUUAAAAAUGCUAUUGCAAAGGAUAACGAAAACAAAUAUAUUAACGAUUUGAUGGCAACUAAAUUAUGUCUAUUGGAUUGUUUUUUAAAAAUUACCAAGAAAUCAAACAAUGAAGAAACUUUCUCACAAAUGAUGAAAGAAUGUAUUGAAAUUUUGGGACAACACAGAGGGAGACUUUCACCAGUGGUUUAUUUUAAUAACCUUGGUUGUUUGUUUCUGCAUAUGGACAACAAGGAGCCAUCAAUAAUGUCUCAAUUUUAUUUUUCAAAGGCCUCACAAAGUGGAAACGCUCAAGCUCAAUACAAUCUCGCCUUUCAAUUACUUUUGAGAGAAUCUAAAAACAUUGAACAAGUUGCUAGAUGUCUCUCGCAAAACAAUCCAUUCCUUGAGCCCUAUGAACUCUUCCACAAAGCAUCUCUAUCAAUGUAUGACAAUCCAUAUAUUUGGAUUCGAAUGGGUGAAUGUAUUUUGUGUGAAAAUCAAAGACUACUCAAGAAAGAUAUUCAUGAAGCGUUUCAACAAAUGACAAAUAGUCUAUCUAAUAGUCCAACUGUUUCAUUGCCUGUUCUGGGAAAUCAGUUAGGAGUGAAGAAGUUUUCAACCCAAAAAGAAUUUGUUCAAACACACGAAGAUUUAAUAAUGAAGCAAAACAAAUAUCAUUUAGAAUUACUGAAUGACAGAUUCACUCCGAAAGUCCUUGAAGAAAUGUCAUUGGAAAUGGCAGAAAAAUGUUUUCACAAUGCCCUCAGUAUUUUACAAACGAUGAUUAAUGAAUUUAAAAAACGAUAUCAAAUGGGAGAGAACGUUACUAAUGAGGAUCAUUACCAAGUUUCAUUCUUUGUGCGAUUACAACAAGCUCUAAUGAAUGUUACCCUGAAAUUGGCCUAUGUUUCACUCGCAUUAGACAAUCCACUGUUAUCACUCUCCCAUUGCAAAACCAUCUUAUCCCUUUCCUUGGCGUAUUCCAAUAAUACUUCUAUAUCCAUAGGAAUAUGUCCCAUUCAAUAUACUAUUAUUGCUUUAUGUUAUGCAUUUGAAGCAUUGACGACGACCGAUCAAUCUGAAAAGAUUUUUCAAUUGAUUUCACCUCAACAAUUGCAAACACUAUUGUCAUAUUUGCAACAACAGCAAGAUAAUUCCACGUUACAAUUUGGUCUCUUAUUGAAUUUAGCAGUCAUACAUGUGAUUCAAGGAAAUUAUGAAAAAGCUCAACAAACGCUGAAUCAUAUCACGAGCGACCCUCAAACGUUGCACUCUGAAGUGAAACCUUAUUUUUAUUUGAUACAACUCUAUGUAUUGAUCGUGGAGGGUAAAACAAAACAAGCUUUGGAAUUGAUUGCAAAUUCGUUUGGCCAUCUGCGCCAAUUCUAA